AUAUUCCAAAUUUGUGUAGCUCCCUCGUGAUGAGCGAACCGCUGUCAAGUUCCGGACUCCGCUUCGUAUACAAUAGCCUGCUGCUGCUCACCUCCAGUUUGGCUGCCAAGAAGAUAUCGCUUCAGAAGCAUCCUUAUGCAUUCAGUGCUUGUGUGGUGGGCGGAUCAGUUGCUGUGCUGGGCCUGUUGCGUGUGAUCUUUGGGGACGAAAACGAUGCGGAGCAGUUCCAGAUAUUGCGCGAUGUGAGUCAUGGUGUAUUGGAGAUGGUGCCACUUCUGGUCAAUAUUGAGCUGUAUACGUUGUCGCAUGGUGUGUGCCCCUUGGCCAUGGCCCAUGGCAUCUUUGUGCUGCCCCUGGUGCUCGAUCUGGGAUGUUCCAUUGUCAAGGAUCGCAAGAAUUGUGAUCUCAGCGAUACGCUGCGGGAUCUUUUGGUGCUUGGCAAUAUUGUAUCUCUUGGCUAUCUGUCCGUUCGACAGAGUAACUUUCUCUACAUGCGCAUGGCCCUCACCAUGGGCGUGGUUAAAUUUGCUCCUAUUUUUUUGGACAGUGUCCAGGACAGCGCAGGCGAGGAUUUGAUUGUCUGUGGCAGUGCUCUAUUCUUCUACCUGCUUGGAAAGGCAAGCGAUUUGACUGUCAAUUAACUUGUGCUCAUGUCUUGCGGUUAACCCUGGUCCUGCACCACCAGCACCACCCUCAUGUGCUCUCUUUAAGGCUUCGACAGUAAUUUCAAUUCCCCGAAUUCACCUGGUCCCCUAAUCAGCUGACAACUUCACUGACCACCCUCGCCUCCGUCCUGGUAGCUGUCCAGCACUUCUAUGGCUUUUCUGGUGUGUCAUGCAGGAUUUCGACGAGAGAUGCCAGCUGCGAUUCGAUAUGACAUUAUGUAUUUCGUUUUCUAAGAGUCUAAAUCUCAUUUAACUUGAAAUUCUUUUAAAAAUUAACUUGUUUAUAUAGUUAAUUUUCGUUUAUUGAAUGUGCCAAAUUUAUAAUUAACUUUAUUGAUUUUUACGAGUAUAAAUAUAUACAUUUCGAGUUGAGCAUGUAA